CUUUCAAAAUGUCUGACGCUAAAUAUUUUCAAAGAGGGAAGGUUCAAGAACUUCGUUCUGAGUUAAAUUCGGAAAAGAAAGAUAAGCAGCAUACAAAGAAAAAAACGGUAUUAAAAAAAAUAGUAGCAAAUAUGACGAUGGGAAAUGAUAUGUCAGCUUUAUUUCCUGAUGUGAUUAAUUGUAUGCAAAUCCCCGUAUUAGAAAUAAAAAAAAUGGUUUAUCUUUAUCUUAUUAUUUAUUCAAGAUCGAAGCCCGAUAUGGCUGAAAAAGCUAUUCCGACUUUCAUUAAAGAUGCAGGAGAUCAAAAUCCAUUGAUUAGAGCAUUAACAAUAAGAACAAUGGGAUAUAUUAAUGUAGAAAAGAUAGUAGACGCGUUAGCUGGUCCAUUAAAACGUUGUUUAAAGGAUCAAGAUCCAUACGUUCGUAAAACAGCCGCAAUAACAGUAGCUAAGUUGUAUAUGCAUAAUAAAGGAUUGGUCGAAAAUGAAGGAUUCAUUGAUUUAUUAAGAGAUUUAUUAGCCGAUUCAAAUCCAACAGUGGUGGCAAAUUCUGUUGCUGCUUUAACUGAAAUUUCUGAACGGUCAGAAAAUAUUUCAUUAAAAUUAAACACGAACAUGGCUAAUAAAUUAAUAGCUGCUCUCAACGAAUGUACCGAAUGGGGACAAACAUAUAUACUUGAAUCUUUAAUGUCAUAUGUACCUCAAGAAAUGGGAGAUGCUGAGAUGUUAUGUGAACGUAUCGCGCCGCGUUUACAACAUGCAAAUUCAAGCGUAGUGUUAACAGCGGUUAAAGUAAUAAUGUAUUUAAUGAAUUACAUGACAAAAGAAGAAGAUAUUAAUAUCAUGUGUAAAAAAUUAUCUCCCCCGUUAGUAACACUUCUUUCAAGUGGACCUGAAGUCCAAUAUGUUGCUCUUCGUAACAUUCUUUUAAUUAUACAAAGAAGGCCUGAAGUGCUAAGAAAUGAUAUGAAAGUAUUCUUUUGUAAAUAUAAUGACCCUAUUUAUGUUAAAUUAGCAAAAUUGGAAAUUAUGUUUUGUUUAGCUAAUGCAAGUAAUGUAGACCAUGUUUUAUCGGAAUUAAAAGAAUAUGCUACAGAAGUUGACGUUGACUUUGUGAGAAAAGCUGUAAGGUCCAUUGGAAGAUUAGCAGUAAAAAUAGAGUCGACAGCCGAUAAAUGUAUAGAUGCAUUAUUGGAAUUAAUACAAACCAAAGUAAAUUAUGUGGUACAAGAAGCUAUAGUAGUUAUAAAAGAUAUUUUUAGGAAAUUUCCUAAUCAGUAUGAAAGUAUUAUUGGUACUUUGUGUGAAAAUCUAGAUAAUUUGGAUGAACCUGAAGCAAAAUCAGCCAUGAUUUGGAUAAUUGGACAAUAUGCCGAUCGUAUUGAAAACUCCGAAGAAUUAUUAGACGAUUUUCUUUUUACAUUUUUAGAGGAACCUGUUGAAGUACAAUUAAGUUUGUUAACUGCUACUGUAAAACUUUUUAUUAAAAAGCCUACAGCUGGUCAAGCUCUUGUACCUAAAGUAUUAAAAUGGGCUACUGAAGAAGUUGAUAAUCCUGAUUUACGUGACAGAGGUUACAUUUAUUGGAGAUUACUUUCAACUGAUCCCGUGGCCGCUAAAAAUAUUGUAUUAUCCGAAAAACCAAGUAUCACAACUGAAAGUGAUAAUAUGGAACCUACUUUACUUGAUGAAUUGUUACUACAUAUUUCAAGUUUAUCUUCAAUUUAUCAAAAGUCUCCUCAAACUUUUAUUCAUCAUUGCAAGCCAAGACAAUUAACGGUUUCUCCUGUAUUAAAUAGAAGAUAUCCUGGACAACAACGUAAAGCUACUAAUUUAUUUGAUGCUGAUUUAGAUGAUCUUUCUUCUGGAAAUCUUGGUAAUUACGAAUCAAACCCUUAUCGUGCAGAUGUUGUAAAUAUUGAUGAACGUACUCCCGAAAAUUUACUUUUAGAUUUAUAAAAGAAUUUGUAAUUUAAAAUAUAAAUUUAAUUUAAUUUUUUAAUUUUUUAUUUUUCAUUGUCAAAAACGUGUCUAAAUAGUAUUGAGCUAAAAUGAAUUAAUUAUUCCUAAUUAAGAAGUUUAAUCCAAAUGUUUGGGAUGUGAUAAGCC